AUAAAUAUGCCAAUAUGCCAAAUUAACAUAUAAAUAGGACACAGCCUGCUUUCAACUAUAGGAGUAUUAUGUAGCCUCAGAAGAACAGAUGAGGGGAGUGAGACAAGAAGAGUUGAGUGAUCUGACCAAGGUUGUUCAGUGAGUUUGUUAGAGAACACAGCUCCCAAUUCUUAGAAGGUGUACUAUUCUGUAAGGAUCGCUGUCAUGGUACUUAAGGUCUUCUUUCCUUCGUGCUGCUCCUCAGCAGAAAGUGGCAUUUUGAUCGGCCGUUGGAUCUCAGAACAGAACUCUGCUAUUAUCCUUGCAGUGGUGCAUUUCCCUUUUAUUCCUGUCCAGGUGAAGCAAUAUCUCAGUGAAGUCCAGCAGGUGACCAAGAUCAAAGUUUCUGUGCUUGGCUCGUGGAGCAACAGCAAACAGGAGAAAGAAGAGAGUCUGAGUAAGUUCUUGGAAGACCUUGGGACAAUAUUUUCCCAUGAGCCAUGGAUUCAGAUAAGCAAAAAGAGAGACAGCAAAUUUUGGAGUUGUUCUACACUUCAGAAACAGUCUAACAGCCCUAAGGAAGAAGAAAUCAUCUUAGUAUAUUAUGACCAGCGUAAAGUCAUGCUUUCCCAUCUGCAUCCCCUAGUGGACACAACUACCUCCACUGACCGUAAGGUAGAUGAUGCUUCAGAGCUCGCUGCUGUGUUUGACACAGUUGCAAAGAGCAAAGUACUGUUCAUGACAGACAGAUAUGAUGAUGGGCCCAUCAAAUUGACCCACUGGCAGUCAGAUGGAGUUGAAGCAAGUAUCAUCGUGGAGCUGAUGAAGCAGGCCUCUGUGCCUGCCUGCAUGCUGUUGACAUUCCUGCUUUCAUUUACCUCUGCGAUCUGUAAGAGCAGAAUGCUGAAGUUUUGGCCCUUGUCUUUCUUAUGGAGUAAACUCUCAACUUGUGAGCAGUUGGGACAUCGGCUGCAGCACCUCCAGGUCAUCAGCAGCAACAAGAAGGCUCAAAACCAGAUCCAACUAAUGAGGAAAGCCAACAUCUUUGUCUCACUGAUGAUUGAUGUGGUUCUGGGGAUACUGCUAAUGUCCUGGCUGUACAGAAAGAACCGGAUUGGUCAUCUUGCUGAUACUCUUAUACCUGUGGCUGAUCAUAUAGCUAAAGAGCUCCAGGACCUGCUCCAGUGGCUAAUGGGAGCACCAGCUGGACUGAAAAUGAACCGAGCUUUGGAUCAGGUUUUGGGUCGUUUCUUCCUUUACCACAUCCAUCUUUGGAUUAGCUACAUUCACCUGAUGUCUCCAUUCAUUGAGAUGAUCCUCUGGUAUGUUGGUCUGUCAGCUUGUCUGGGCCUGACUGUGGCUCUUUGCAUUAUCUCUGACAUCGUUGCUCUUCUGACCUUCCACAUCUACUGCUUCUAUGUCUACGGAGCCAGGCUCUACUGCCUGAAAAUUUAUGGCCUGUCGUCUCUUUGGCGCUUGUUCCGUGGGAAGAAGUGGAACGUCCUCAGACAGCGGGUAGAUUCCUGCUCCUAUGACUUGGACCAGUUAUUUAUUGGCACUUUGCUAUUUACGAUCCUACUGUUCCUUCUGCCUACAACUGCACUGUAUUAUUUGGUGUUUACCCUGCUCCGUUUGCUGGUGGUGGUUGUGCAAGGCUUGAUACACUUGCUAGUCGACCUGAUUGACUCUCUGCCUCUUUACUCAAUCAUCCUUCGGCUCUGCAGAUCCUACAGACUUGCAGCUGGUGUGAAGUUCAGAGUUCUUGAACAGAAGCAUGGAAAACCUCUUCGACUCCUUAUGCAGAUCAACCCUCUAUCAUAUGGCAGUGUGGUACAGACAUACAGGCUGCCAACCUACAGCUGUUACCCCAAGGAUUCCUGGACAUCUCUCUGCAAGAAGCUGUUUUUUGGAGAGCUGAUCUACCCUUGGAAGCACAAAGGAGAGAAGCAAGACUAAAGAAAGCAAAGGAACCAAGUUUGAAAGACUUGGCCAGAAUAUUGAAUUCUAAUGCUAGGAGCCAGCAGCUGAUGGAUCCCUUAAAUUUGAUUUUGGUAACAUGUGGGAGGGGCUGAAUUUCCAAAGGCAAAUAUUUUUAAACAUUCUUCUUCAACUCUCUCCUUCUCCUACACUGUGUUUGAACUGAUUUGGUUUCCAGGCUGUUUCCGGUUCAUGCAGUGAUAUUCCAGCCUAGAUUACAAACUGUCUGCCUGGUGGCACCAGCAGGUAAUGAUUUUCUUUAAAACAAAAUGUUAGGCCCGUCAGUGUCUCAUGGAACCAGCAUUUAGUGUAAUCAAGGAAGUAGCUCCUGUAUGUCUUAGCAGUUUGUAUCUUUCCAUGUAAGUUCACAGGACCAUAUUAAAACAGCUCUUGGGGCCAUUCAAA